UGAUGCGAGCAUUGGAAGAAUCUAAGCAUCGCGGCCUUUUUCGAUUUUAUUCUCCAAAAAUAGUUAAAAUGUAUCUUAAACAAAAUAAAUCUAGGUUACUGGAUCUGCGUCGAGAGGAAAUAUUAAAUUUGCUUGAUUAUAUACUUAGAGAUAAGGACAUUGAAGGAUUGCACGAACUUCGGAUGAUGCCGUUAGCAGAUGGCACAUUAGGAAUGAUCUCACGACAUGAUAAAGAUGAUUCAUAUAUUUUUCCCGAUAUUCGGGAAGAAAUCGGUCAUGAUGAAUAUAAAAUUUUCUUUAAAGAUUUAGGAAAAUUUAUUGAUAAUUCUAUUCCUAGUACUUUAUGGAAUCUUUUAUAUGAGGGAGCAGUAAAUAAGUGGAAUCUUAAUGUUAAGAUACUAACUACAUCGGUUGUAGCCGAUUUGAUCAAGAAAAACUUAGAAGGAUACUCUGCUGAAUCCGAUGAGAUAGAAUUAAAAAAUCAACGUGAAUGGGUUUAUCAUAUUUGGGACAACUUAACGAAAAGAGAAUAUGAUCUAAAAUAUUUUGAGUCUAUUCAUCUUAUCCCAACAAAUCGAGGAACGCUAAGAAAAAUAAAGACGAAUGAAAGAUGUUUUUGGAAUACUUACGAUGAUAAACUUGACAGCAAAAUAAAAUCGAUUAUGGAAAAUUUUGGUGCUGUGUUUGUUGACAAAGAAUUCGAAAGGCAUUCGUUGCACACCUGGCAGAAUUCGUAUCCGAAAAAUUUAAAACUUCGUUUGCAAACCGAAGAAGUUUUAGAAAUAAUGGAAUACUUAAAUUCUCAUCUUCAAAUUGAAAAUUUACAUGACAAGUAUUCUGGACUAAAGACGAUACUGGUUGAUGUGAUAAAAGAUCUUCCUAUAUUUUCGGAAAGCGAUCGUGGAGGAUUGAUUUCUUUCCAUGGAAAUAAAAGAUGGGUUUUGGUGGGGAAAUUAUUCGAUCAUCUGGGAAGUCUUCUCCUUGUUGAUCCUGCUUUAAAGGUCAAAUUAAGUCAGGUUCCCUUCGUUACUUCCGAUACAUACAAAAUGUCGAUAAACCGUCACGAUCCGGAUACAUGUGUUAAUCGCAGACCUGUUGAUUUGUAUAAUCCAGAGGACCGAAAAAUCGCCUGUUUAUUUUUUGAGUAUGAAAGAGUUUUCCCGAGUGGAAACUUCACUGGUUCCUCAAAAAGGAUGGAAUUUCUUAAAGAAUUGGGUCUUAAAACGUAUCUCACACACGAUGACAUUAUUAAUCGGUUAAAUACGAUAAUAUCUUAUAAAAAUAAGGACAAUAAUCCCGAAUUAUUUGAUGCGGCGCAUACGAAGGCCAUGAAGCUUCUUAAAUACAUAGAUAAUAAUUGGAAAUUUUUAUUUGAGAACUCACACAAAAACGAGCAAUUUUUUGAUAAAAUUUUAUCCAAUGAAUGGAUCCCAACUAUUGACCAUUUGGGUAAAAAACAUUUCUCAAAACCUACAAAUUGCAGAGAUUUGGAAAAUAAAUAUUUGAUUGGUUAUGUCAUGCCCAUUCUUGAUUACAGAAUAAAGAAAAAAAAAUUUUUUAAAUUAUUUGGGUGGGAUAAAAAUCCGGAUAUUGAAUUAAUUAUUCACCAACUUUGGAUAUGUUCGCAACGUCCAAAAGAAAUUUUAGAAAUAUAUGAUAUCUGCAAGGCAAUAUACGACCACAUGAAUGGGAUAGUGACUAAAUCGGUUCAGGAAGAUGAGAUCAAUAAAUUAAAAGAAAAACUUAAAGACAUGAAAUGGAUUAUGAUUAAUAGACAAUUCUACUCGUCUGCGAAUGUUGCCUUUGACCUUUCAAGAGACUUCGGAAAUAGAGACACAUUAAUCGUAGGACUUCCCGACGAAUAUAAACUAAAUUAUGAAGAGCUGUUUAAAAGGAUGGGGGUCCGUUUAAAACCUGGAAUUCUAGAAUAUAUUGACAUUAUUAAGGCGUAUUCUAAAGACAAUACCGAUGUCAAAUUAUCGAUUGCUGAGAUAAGUAGAGUAACAGAAUUAAUUGAUUGGAUUUCGAAGGAAUAUUCUGAAGACGGCUCUAUGAGAAUAUUACAAGAGUUACUCGUACCAACUACACAUGAAAUCCUGAUAAAUUUAAGUGAAGUCCAAUAUGAUGAUAUGGGCAUGGAGUUAACAGACGAAGAGAAAAAUCAGUAUCAUAUUGCACACUCUUCGAUAUCGUUAAACGUAGCAAAAAAUAUCGGGAUGAAUAUGUUAUCCACAAAACUCAUAGAUGUAAAUAAUGUUGAUGAUUUUAUGCCGGAAUUAUAUGAACAAAAAGAAGAUAUUACUACUAGAAUCAAACACAUUAUAAAUGAUUAUUUACCUGAAGCUGUAUUCAAAGAAUUUUUACAGAAUGCGGAUGAUGCGGGAGCUCGCAUAUUUAAGUUAUAUAUAGACAAAAGAGACUUUAGAGGAAAGAAUAAAUCAAGUCUUCUGACCGACGAAAUAGAUUGUUGGCAAGGUCCUGCCUUGUGGAUUUACAACGAUGCAAUAUUUAAAGACGAAGAUUUUAAAUCAUUACUUAAACUCGGAAGUGGAAAUAAAUUGUCUCACAAGUCGAAAAUCGGCCGCUUCGGAAUUGGAUUCAACUCGGCAUUCAACUUUACCGAUCUUCCUAGCUUUGUGAGUGGAGAACAUAUUGCAUUUUUAGAUCCCCAUUCCGUCUAUCUUCCCAAACUGGGUUAUCCGCCGAGAAAUCCUCUCGGAAACCGAUAUAAUUUUGUAAAAUCAAACUUUAAUGAGAAAUUGUACGGCCAAGCCGAACCAUAUCUAUCCAUAGAAGGAUGUGAUUUAACGACAAAGUAUCACGGUACCUUGUUUAGAAUUCCUCUGAGGAGUAGUGAGACGGCCGAUUUUAGUAAAAUAUCCAAUAAAAUAUUUAAUCCUGAUGACCUUAAAAACCUAUUUAAGGCUAUAUUGGGAAACGGAGAUUUGUUAUUUUUAAGAAACGUCGAAGAAUGUAGUUUACAUUAUCUAGAUUUGAAUGGCACACAAUCAGAAACCAUAUGGAAAACUAAAAUUAAUAACAUAGACGAAAAUAUAAGGAAUAUGCGUUGUUCAAUUACAAACGAGGCAAAAAUAUUUCAACUUUAUAUUGAAACGCAAGUAUUCAGUCCUGAAAAUGGAAGUCAAUCUACCAUUAACGAACCCACUACUGAAAAAAAAAUUGAGAUCCUUGAGCAAUGGCUCUUAUGUUCUGGUGGGAACGAAAAUAUUAUUGAAGAAUUGAAAUUAUUUUCGGAUGCGAAAAAAUUAUUUCCUAGAGGUGGUGUUGCUGCAUUGAUUGCGCAGACAAAAGAAGACAACAAAGUAAAUUACUUGACGAAUAUAAGAGGUGAAAUGUAUUCAUAUUUGCCUCUCCUAAUAAGAAAUAAUUUAAGUGUUAUGUUGAAUGGAGAUUUUUUCCUCUCGAGUGAUCGAAGAAAUAUUUUAUUAUCUGAAGAUGAUUCUGAAAAUAAAGAAGUAAAAUGGAAUAGAUACAUAUUAUUAGAGGUUUUGCCACCACUGCAUGCUACUCUACUCAACGAAAUUGCGAUUCUUGAUUCUCAACGGUUAGAAAAUAUGCGCAAAGAUCAAAGAGAAAAGUUCACACCAUAUACGAUGACUCGAGAUUGGCCAAUUGUCACCAAUUCAUCAGGGAUUUAUAGAAUGUAUGGAAUAACUGUACUACAACAACUUGCCCGAAAUAAUUAUAGCGUAUUUUGGACAGAAGCAAAUAGUGGCGAAUUUAUUUCAUUUUUUAAUGCUGUUUUUGCAGAAAAAGAAAAAGAAACGAUUAUCAAUGAAAUUCUCAUACAGCAAGACACUAAAAUUGUCAAGUUAUCUAAAGAACAAUAUGAACAUAUUCGACUUUUAACGUCAGAAAAAAAUUCUGUAUAUCCAAGCUUUAUUGAUCGCGAUUUGAUUUGUAGAAAAUUCCGUGAUAAAAAUAGAAUAUGGGAUUCCUAUACAAGACCUGCGGAUCGAAAAGAUGUAAGAAGAGCUAUUAAUUAUUUAUUGAAUCUUAUUCUGGAAGAUGCAAUCCCUCAGGAUAUAAGAUCAUACGAGAGAUUAAUUGGGCUACCUUUGGUUCCUCUUUGCGGUGGCACCGUCGGAACAUUCUGUGAAAAGGAGUACUAUAUAGCAGAUGAAAAUCAACGGAAAUUGUUUAAUAAGACGAAAUCAUCUCACUUUAUAAGCGAGUUGCCAAUCAAUCUCAAAACUAAUAUGGAAGUUUUGAAAUUGUUGAAAAUUUACAAUCUCAAUGCAAAGGGUAUUAUCAAGCUUCUCGAAAUUGAACUUCCCGAAAAAGAAAAAAUAGAAUGGGAUCCCUCGGGAAAUUUAUAUCCAAAUAAAGAAUGGAUUGAUCAAAUAUUAAAAAGUUUUGACAAAGAAUCAGAUUUUGAAUUCAAUAAGUUUGCAAGAUAUCCACUUCUUCCGAUGAUUCUUCCGCGUAAACAGCUAAUUCAAUUUGAUAAAUCGAAUCCAUUAUUAUUCCGGGGAAAUCUUGAUGAUUCAGUGACUUAUAUACUUAGUGAAUUAGGAAUUGGAUUUACUGAUCUAGUAUUAUCUGGUACAGCCCAUCCAACGCUUAAGGAGUGUAUAAUUCAACCGACUAAGAAGAAUAUAUAUAAAUCGAUCGCGCAAACGAUGUCCUACUCUCGAAAAUCAUUGGAGCAAGUUUUUAAGCAGCUAACUCAAAAAGGAGACGAAUCAAGCUUGGAAACCCCAACUCAAGUUUUGGAAGUCAUCCGAGAUUUUCCGAUUUGGCCUGUAUACUCUUCCGACGAUUUUAUCGCUGCCCAUGAAGGGUGUCUCCUAAAAUCAAGGCUAAAGAUUUAUUCAUUACCUGAAAUGAAAAUUUUUCGUAUUGAAUCUGACACGGAUUAUAACUCACUCAAAUACCUUAAAUCAAGGUGUAUUGAUGAACUAGAAUAUAUAACCUAUUAUUAUUAUUAUACUGAAAUUAGACUCGAUAGUAAAUAUAUAGAAUUUCUAAAGCGCGUACUUUUACUGGGAAAUAAUGAGAUUGAAAAUCAUUUAUGUAAACUUGAAGUCAUACCUAACAAAAAUCACACCAUGGUUUCCAAGGUCAAUGAGCUAUACGAUGUCAACGUACCUUUGUUUCGAGACAUUUUUGGAAAUACAAAUAAGUUUUUACCGUUAGAAUUUCAAGAGAAUCCAGCCAUAUUGAACACCCUAGGAAGGAUGGGGCUCAAAAGACGCGUUGAUUCCCAUACAUUUCUUGAAUGCGCCCGUGAAAUUGAAGACAAGGCUCGUGAAACUACUGAAAUAACUGUCGUCAAACAAUUGGCUAAAACAUUGAUGAUGAAAUUAUUUUCAUGUUACGAAGAACUUCAAUUUGAUUCAAAUCAAUGGAAGGAACUUAUGAUCAUUAAUUUUGUUCCCACUGACACGAAUAUACCAAAACAUUAUGAGAUACACAAGAACGAAAUAGUCGCUUUAAACUCUGUCUGCUUUUAUAAGUAUAAAAAUUUGGUAUGGACUCAAGUUCCAUUGCUCGAUAGAUUUUUUGAUCCACCUCAACAAUUAUUGAUUGAUUGCCCCAACAUAUGUAAGCCCGAAUUGCGGAUAGUUAUUGAUCAUUGGUACGAAGUCGCACUAAAAUCAUCAAAAUCUUUAAACGCUAAUUGGAGAUCAUACGAAGGACAAAAACAAUUUGUCGAUAUGAUGAAAGAAAUUUACGAAUAUUUGAACUCGCAAAUAGAUGAUCUAAAUCAAGAAUAUAUCAGGUCGAGAAUAUUUGUAGAAGAAAAUUUAUUCUUAAAUGAUGAAGAUUAUCCGUUCGAAUCAGAAAGUUGGGUAUCAGGAUCUAGCUUAUUCUUGGGUAUUUCUAAAGAUAUUGAUCAAGGUUUGCGCAAGGUCUCUCCAUUUCUAGAAAAAUAUAAGACCCUGCUAAAUUUAGCAGGUGCUAGAGAACUAAAAAUUGUUGAGAAAAAAGUAAAACUGAUAGAUCACGAUCAGAAGGCAUUUUUAUUGGACAAUAUGCUUAAGCUUUUUAUGGGACAAGAAAGAUCUAAGCAUCAUGAUGUGGAAUUUAUAUUCCCAAACAAUGAAAAAAUCUACGCAAAUCGUUAUGUUCUUUCGGCUGCAGCAGAACACUUUAAAAAUUCUUUCUGUGGAGACAUGAACGAAUCUAAUGAAUUUAAAAGGGUAUCUGUAGAAAUUGACUAUUGUGAGUCCGAUGCAUUUCGGGUUUUCAUUUGUUGGCUAUAUGGUCAAUCCUUCGAAGCAUUAAAGGCUGUGAUCGUGGAUCAAGAUGAUUACUUGCAAUUGUUAAUUGAAUUGCUUAAAGCUUCUAACGCAUAUAUGAUUCUUCCACUUAAAGCUAUUUUAGAAAAAACAAUUAUAGACGAAAUUAGCGUGGAUAAUGUGAUAGAAAUUAAAAAAUGGGCAGAUGAAUGUGAAGCAGAUCAAUUGAAGGAGCAUUUUAAGAGAUAUAUUGAAGUGAAUGGGGAAUUAGUAGUAAAAAUUAGACAAAAAGAUAUGGAUAAUAUCAAAGAUGAAGAAGAAAGAGAGCUAGAUAAAGAAAUGUUGGAAGACUUAAUUGAGGAAAUAAAUAAACAAUGA